ACCCCAGCACACACACCUACAGCACUGCUGCAGGCUGUGUUCGUGGGGGGAAAGAACAGGGACAGUACCACUGGCCCUGUCAUGGCUGACCCCAUGAUAGCUGGCACAUAGUUGGUGCGAGAGCAAUACAGAGACUAGCCCUAACCUUACCAUUCCUAUCUGAUCUGUCACAGACAGGGGACCGUCUCUGACCUGGGACCCAGUGGGAAAGUGAAAGUUGUUGAAGCAGUGGAGAAGAAUGUGGUCCAGCUCUGUCUGGGAGGGGAGGAUCAGGAGCAGCUCGCUGCAGUGACCAGGGGCUACUGAGACUGGUGCUUAUCUUACCACUGCCAACACACGGUGCUGCCUACCCUAGAGAGAUAGAGAGAGGGGGGAAGGAGAGAGGGAGAGAGAAAGGGACGCCACAUUGCCUCACGGGAGCACCAUGGAUUUGCUGCAGGACUCUCGGUGGUCAAUGCAGGGCCUCAACAGCCGUCUGAAGGGCUUCCUGGAGCAGGUUAACAAGCUGCAAGAGGCAAACUGGCAUCUGGAGGGCCAGAUUGCAUACUGGGGCCUAAAGAACGCCCCGCACCUCCAGGAAUGUACCCAGCAGGAAAGGACUGUGGACGAUCUCCGUGCCCAGGUUGGUAAACUGCUGAUGGAGAAUGCAGAGCUGGUGCUGCGGUCUGACCACAUGAUGUCUUGGGCUUCUACCAUCCAGGCCAGAUGUGAGUUGGAAGAGUGGCAGACCAAGUGUCUGGAGCAACAGGUGGCUCUGCUGAGGGAGAACAAGGCAAGGGUGGAGCAUACCAAUGUGCAGCUGGAGGCGGAUCUACACAACUCCAUGACAGAGCUGCAGGACAUGCACCAGGACUAUGUGAUCCAUCACCUCUCGCUGUCACACACACACACUCUUGUAUACGCUCUUACAUUCAUAUAUAUCCCUGUCUCUCUCUCCCUCUUCUCUCUCCCUCUCUCUGGUUGGCUCAUUGUGCAGGCAGCCCGUGCUCUGCAGCAGCAGCAGGCCGACUCCUGCGAUGCGCUGCUAGUGACGGCCACAGCGUGGGAGGAGGAUGGCACAGGGAUGGAGCUCUCCCAGCUCCUCGACCGAAUCGGGACGCAGUGCGACCGCCUCAGCCUCACCGGCCUAAAUCAAGUACCAGAUGACCGACACCCCGGCCUGGCCGCCGGCCCAAAUCAAACUCCAUGCUCCGCUGCCGGGCCGAGCCGUUUCGGAGCCAGACUCAGUACCCGAGCCCAUGGAGGGUCUCUCCCACAGCUCAAUGCAGAAGAGGCAGCAUGGGCCCAGGUGAACCUCGGAGGGACUGCCCUGAGGGAGGCGCGGGCAGAGCUAGCCGAGGCCAGGAAACAGUGGCACUGCCUGCAGGUGGAGAUCGAGUCCCUACAUGCUCUGGAGAAAGGUCUAGAGAGUUCCCUCCACCACACCAAGCGUCAAUACUCCAGCCAGCUGCAGGGCCUGUCAGAGGUCAUCCAAGGCCUGGAGGGCGAGCUGGAGCAGGUGAGGGGCGGCCUGGCCACGCAGCAAGAGCGCCACGGUCAGCUGCUCAAUACCAAGAUGAGGCUGGAGAAAGAGAUCGCCACCUACAGACGCCUGCUGGAGCGCGAGGAGGGCAGGUACCCAGGUGGGCGUAACGGACAGGUCAUGGGGCUGCGGCGCUGGAGGGGCCCCAAAAGAGAGCCAGACCCAAUAGGGGAGGGGCCUAAAGAGAAUGACGUGGAGGAGAACGGCCUCAGUGACCCCGCGGUGACCCCUGAGGAGCCACUGUCCGAGCCCCUGCCUGAGAGACCUCAGCGGUGGUCUGUGACAGAGAACGGCCUGAGGAAGAGCCCUGCACUAACUCUGCAUAGGCAACAGAGCCUGGUCAUCCUUACAGAGCCAGAGAGAGACAAUGAUCUGAGGAUUUCCACAGUGAAGACCCAGGAGAUCCUCCAAGGCAACGUGGUGAGGGAGAGUGCAGAGGGCACUGGCACCGUGGAGACAGACAGGAUCGACAAGGUGAUUAAGCAGUGGGAGGGCUCCUUCUUCAAGGGGAACCCCAAGCUGCGGAAGAAGUCUGUGUCGCUCCGAUUCGACCUGCACAUGGCGGCGGCGGACGAGGGCUGCGCCCAGACCAAGCAGGACAGCCUGCCUGAUGUGGAGGUCCGCCUGGUGAUGAAGAGGUCCCGCAGUAUCCCCACCAUCGCGGCAAAUGUCGAGGCAACAGUAUAGUUGAGGCAACAGUAUACCUAUCAUUGAUAGGUGAUAUCAUCAUUGAAUUGACUCCCUCAUAAAUGUUGUGAUCUGGCAACAGCAUCCCUAACCUUGACUGUGAUAUCACCAUGAGAUCAGCAUUGCUUCCCAUUGAACUAGGUUGAAGAUGGGAAGGUUAAGACAAUGAAGUAAUUCCAUGCGGAAGCUUUCGAAAAUAUGGGACCGACCAGCUCCAUUAAUAACUAUUAGCGCCAUUGCUAACUAGCAAUGCUGGUUUUAUGAAUGGCAAAGAGUUAUGAAAUAUUAUAAACUGGGUGGUUCGAGACCUGAAUGCUGAUUGGCUGACAGCUGUGGUAUAUCAGACCAUACACCACGGCUAUGACAAAACAUUUGUUUUUACUGCUCUAAUUAUGUUGGCAACCAGUUUAUAAUAGAAAUAAGGCACCUCAGGAUUUGUGGUAUAUGGUCAAUAUACCACGGCUAAGGGCUGUGUGCAGGCACUCCGAGUUGCUCAUAAGAACAGCCCUUAGCCGUGGUAUAUUGGCCAUACACCACACCUCCUCGGGCCUUAUUGCUUCAUUAGAAUCCUCUUGUAUUAACCUGUAUAUUUUGAACCUAGCCAUUGACCCGAGUGGUAUUGUCAUGUCAUCAAAGUUCCUGCAACUCCACUAUCACCCACAAUCAUCAUUGUGACAUCAGCAUACCAGCAGCCAUUUUGCAACCCCCAUGACCAAACCAUCCUGGUGACAUUCACACAAAACCACAUACAUGAGGGGUUAAUGUGUGAUUCAGAAAAGUGAAUGUCAUUAAUUUGAUAUGACUUUGCCAUCAAGACAAAUGUGAAAACAUGCCAUGCUCAAGAGAUUUCCCCUGUGGUCAAUAAUACAUCAUACCAGUAUAUAAUACUCACUGUUGUCAACACAUUUAACAAAUGUAUAAUCCAACCAUCUCUCAGUAACAACUAACAAUUUAUACAGGUGGUGAAAAAUAUAAACAUGGAAAAAGUCAGAACCAUCAGAGUUGUAUGUGGCAUUCUACUGUGGGCUAUUUAAGAGUGGUUAUUUUCUUCUCAAUCCGCUGUGUAAAAUGCUAAUGGUUUUGCUAUGCUGUCAUGGAUCAACCCAGCACUGAGAGUUCACCUAUGGCUGAAAACAGCUUUUUCCUUAUAAUGCUGUAAGUUAACUGUAGUCUAUAUAUUAUCUAUAUAUGGACAAUAUGGCCACAAUCAAAACAAAGCAACAAAGAUAGAAAUGUACAUUAAAAAAUAAGAAGAAACUAUUUUUUUCCCCCACACUGCUCACUGUGAACCGAAAUUUCAGUGAGGCUUCUUCCUGGAGAGCAACCCUCCUGUGGGUUUUCGUUUCAACCCCAGUUGUAAGUAACCUGAUUCAGUUUAUCAACCAGAUAAUUAUUAGAAUCAGGUGCGCUAGAAUAGGAUAGGCGCGAAAACCUACAGGACGGUAGAGCCCUGUUCUAAUCUAACCCUGCCACUUGUAUCGCAGAGAUAUACCCUGGUUUAGCCAGCAGGGGCCGGUAUUUGUAAAUAGUUGCUCUACAGUAUCCUGAAUGCUUUAUUUUGGUAUUGUUGUGUCGUAUACAUAAUAUCUAUAUGACUGAUUACACUCUAUAUGACAAUAUCUUUAUUUUAUUUUGAUGCUAUGUUUUUGAGUUGGCACCAAAUAUAUUACGCGAAAAUAAUACCAUUGUGCAUUGCAGUUGGGUCCCUCCUGUGUACAAAUGUUAAAAACAAUGUUCUAUGCAGUUCUUCAUGCGCUUGAUUUGCUCUGCUUCGUGGAGUACUUGGGACUAAAUUUUCUUUUCGUUUUUGGAGCUCUUUAACUUUAGAAUGAAUAAUUAUGCUUUUAUCUAACAAUGUAUUCAUUUAAAUAAAACACCAAAAACGCUGUC